AAAAGCGGUCACUCUUUCCUGGUUUCUUUCUUUCACAAGAGACCACAGUUCAGUAAGUCAGUUUCUAGAUCUUGUUACCCUGGUUAGUAAAGGUAAAUUAAAAAUUAUUUCUUAUGAUGACGUCGGAACAUGGGAUUGAGGCAGACUCUAGCAUAAAUGAUGCUGUAGAAUUUAUUAACAGUUUCGUUCGGGAAGAAGAUGCAAAGAAAACAGUAGAGGCUUACUCUCAGUCUGUCGAUGUUUAUGAAAAGGGUAUGGGGAAUGCGAACCACAAAGGAGCUUUAUUGACGAUAGAAUCAUUUUUAAAGCUUGGAGUUGAUGUAAAUACCAGAAUUGUUGAUAUUGGAGCUGGAACUGGAGCCUUAGCAAAAUUACUACGUCCAGCCGGAUAUUGUAACAUUGAUGCGAUAGAUGGCUCUGAAAGAAUGUUGGAACGUGCAAAAGAACAGAAUCUUUACCAGAAUUAUAUCCUCUCAAUUGUGGGGCAAGGGCACAUAUUACCUAUCGAAAAUGAUACUUAUGAUGCUAUGAUAAUGUCAGCUGUAUUUUGUCCAGGCCACAUGGGAACUGAUGCCUUUCCUGAACUAAUCAGAAUCAUGAAACCAGGUGGCAUCAUAAUCUGGGCAAUGAGGGCUCCACACCUAUAUGCUGACAUGUCAGAAAAAUAUCGGGACGGAAGAUUUGAAGCUGAUGUUGAGGAAAUGGUCCAGAAAGGAAAAUGGAAACAUUACAAUCCUCCGAGAACAAUCCCUUAUUUUCACGGUCACGAAGGGGUGGUAUUUACUAUGGAGGUGUUGUAGGCUCUGGAAAAUCGACGAAUGUUUUUUUCUGUUUAAUCUGUUUCAAACAUUCUAUGAUGUUAAAUUGCUUGUUGGU